AUUUUUAAUGUAAUAUUAGUGCAAAAUUUUUGACUCAUUAGAUUAUAUACAGUAAUACUCAUACUCAUAUCAUUCAUAUUCACAAUAAUACUCAUUACAAUAUGUAUUGUCCUACUUAUUUCACUUUUCCAUCAUUUUGCGACACUGUUGAAAACUCCGCUGCCUGAAGUGCCAUUACUGCAGUUGUUGUUGUUGGUGGCUUGUGGUUGCCGCAGCGAGAGCUGCGCUAUUUCACGUUAUCCUUGUCCGCUUUGUUUGUGGCGAACGCAAAAGGAAACAGCAAUUAAACGCUCUCCACUUGUGGUCGACAAUACACACACUCAAACACACACACGCGAACAUGCCAACAUGAACAAGCGAAGGAGACAAUUAUACAAUUUAACAUGCAUAUAUGCAUAACGGAGAAUUUUCGCACACACACACUCACACAUACAUAGCAUAGCCGUAGGCAACUUUAUUACUGCAUUCCAGUAUUUGCCGGUUGAUAGCUACAGUGGCACUCGAGCACCAUACUUGGCUCCAUUCAGCAUUCAACACUCUUAGUCAGCCAGCAGCUAACGAAGCAACAGAAUUAUCAACCAACCGAACGAUCGCUCGACUUGCAUUUCAUCGAUACAGUCUACCGACAAGCUUACAACACAAUCCCGACAAGCUUGCACCUCCGACUCAGCCUAUCAACCAUCCAGCUUGAAUCUGCUCACCGCGCUUUUGUGGCCAGCUAAGAGUAUCGUAGAGCAAUUAUGUUCUGGCCACUGCUGGCCUGUUUGCGCGACUACUGUGCUAAUUGCUCCUUGGCCGGCAUUAGCUACAUUGCCAAUAACAAAUUGCAUAUUAGCGAACGCCUUUUCUGGCUCGUCUGCUUCAUACUCUCCGCUUAUGGCUCGUACAGGCUCAUUUCAACAUUCGAACGUGACUUUGAGCUUUCCGCUGUGAGCAUUGUCUUCGAGAGCCUAACGCCAUAUGACAAAAUCUACUUUCCGAGUGUGGCUGUGUGUGAGACGUUGGAAAAGGAUGGCACCACCCCGGCGGUGGAGCAAUAUAUUGAGAGUUAUCCUGAAGAAUAUGAUUAUGAUGUCGAAAUUUUUGUUUUAAAACUAAUAUUUCCACAUGAGUAUAACACUGGGAAUGCAAGAGCACAUUGUUUCGAUAAGGAGGGUACUGAAGCUGAGUGCCCACACACCCACUAUAGAGAACUAACGGAGAAGCUUCAUCAGAACUGCACCAACGUCUUAGUCGAGUGCUCACUCGGGCACGAGGCCUUCAACUGCUGUCACUACUUUGUGCCGUUACUUACACCUUAUGGCUACUGUUUUCUAUUGAAUUCGUUUCAAAAUAAUCAUCCAACGGAUAAUGAAAAUCCCUUUGUCCUUACGAUCAAUCACUUUGUCAAAACAGCGACAGCAAACAUUGGUUUCCGAGUGAGGUGGACGACAAUCAUGCCACAAUGCGCCUGGUCACUGAGGUUGCGGUCGAGGUAUGCUAGUUAUCAAAGAUUGGGGUCUCUUAAAUAUGCGUUUAUCACACAGGUUUUCGUUAUCAACAGGGAAGACAUACCGUACGCCAAUCUAGCUGGCAUUACAACUAAGGUGGCAACACCAGGCAAGCAUACUGACUUCCAAAUAUCCAUGCAAGGUAUGGUCAACGAUUUGGAUGUGCGUGAAGUAACGCCACAACAUCGGGGUUGUCGCUUCCCUGACGAAAUCAUGCCGAAGUCCUCAUUUCGUGUCUACAGUUUCAGCAGCUGUAUGGUCGAUUGUAUUGGCGCAUUGCAGAUGCGUUACUGCAAUUGUACGAUAUUCAAUUUAAUGCCGACAGCGCGUGCGGAUAUGCCCGAUUGUGAUUACAACGGGAUUUUGUGUUUAGAAAAGGAAACGAAGGUAUCGCCCGAUAUCAAGAUGUUGCUGCCAUGGCCGGAGAAUAAUGAGACGUGCGAUUGUUUGCCGUCAUGCACCGAAUACGAUUUACGUGCGGUUUCCGAGUAUAGUCCGAGGUGUGUGGGUGUUGAUCGGCGUAGUGUUGACAUCAGUCUUGUUGAUCGACCCACUGAGCGUUAUCGUCGUCAAGCGCUACGUACGCGCUUAGAUGUUGUGGUCACUAUUGGUGGUAUUUUGGGUUUAUUUUUAGGUGCCAGCGUUCUGAGUCUUAUCGAACUUGUGUACUACUUUACCUUGCGUUUCUAUAACAACACCCGAAAGAUAAGAAGGAGCGAGAGGGAACAAAGAGCAAUGGUUCAGGAGAAAAGAGCAAAUAAUAUGCGUUUCAAAUAA